AAAUGGGUACUGGCAAAUUAAAUGCUGGGGUACAACCCUGCAAUGGACUAGCAUACUAUCCAGGGUGGAGGUGAAACAACCUCAUUCCCAGGGUCUCUCAUCUUACCGCCCCCUGGAGCGAGCGAAGAGAGACCCUGGUUGGGUCUGGUCAUGUGCUUAUUUGACAAUUGAAAACACCAGGGAGGGGUCCUCUCUUAUUGAACAAUUUGUCAUGUUGUGCUUUGUCGAAUUCAAAGUGAGGCGUGAGGCUCAUAGCAUCGCACUGCGACCGAUCAGUGACUGCCAUUGCCCGCGAUCAACCUUGUUCCCAGGGUCUCUCAUAGGUGAAAUACUUCUAGUUGCUUCAUGCUACGGAAACUAGGAUAAGCUUGAGCCUGAUGGACCACUUGGCUUGUAUACAGAAUUUGCCAUUACCUCACCUACAAGUAUGCUUGGAGAAUUCUUUUUUUAAAUCAGCCAACCGCUCCCUCAAAAGUUAAAUGGUUUGUCUAUCCCUUAAUUAACUUAUAUGGGAGCUGGCUCUUUUCUGGCCAGUGAUGUCUUGGAACUAGUUUCCGUCGGUGGUAAAUAUGAGCUUCAGCCAUAUCCAAUAAAAGGAUUCUGGUAGCUCUUAGGGGUCUUUUACAUUACUAACACAGUUUUCUUGAAGGAAUUUCCGUCAUUUUACAGGAGUCUCCCAGGGGACCGAUGGGAAUAAAAUGUUUUAAACAUUACAGAGCACUCAUAUUUUUUACCUGAUGUAAAUGGAUAAUUUCCUCUGUUUUUAAACUGUCCCAGUUGAAAGCAUUAUUUUUCAGCUUCCUCUGUAUCUCAAACAUUAACUUUACAUCCUUUCCUAACUGCUUGCUUCCUGAGACAAAUGAGUUAAUAACUUUACGAAAUUUUUGAAUCCGCGAAUCGCCGGAUCUCGUCCCAUUAAUUGAAGAGGUUGAAAAGUUUGCUUGACGGCAAUCCAGUCGAUUAUAAACAGUUCCAACAACUCCAACGUGACUGAAAGUUCUUUGGUGAAGUCCAUAGAAGUGGCAAUUUGUCGAAGAACGAUAGUACAAAUUGAAACACCGCGUUGCUCGACGAAAACUUUGCAUCGCCAUAUUUAUUUUCCGAGUCUAUAUUUGUUUCCAGGUUGCUCUCUCGCAUAGAUCCUCAUCGGGGUAGGGUGACGGUACAGGGUCAACUGUUCAAAGUCCUGCUUACUAACACAGUGGUUGACAUAAAACCUUAGCAAAAGAAUCGAUUUUCCUCAGAGGAAUCUAAAAGCUAAGCCAUGGACCUCAAAAACACCUCAGCUAACUUCUCCAAAAGCUUUCUUUCCCACCCUGCCCUACCAAAAUUAUCCUUUUCUUUCCCAAGCCCCUCUCGGAAAGUGUGGGCAAACAUGGCGGCCCGGCGCGUUCUAACCUAUCGGGAAGUAAAACACUGAGUAUUUCUUUACCAUUUUAACGCAAACAAAAAAUAAUAAUGAUAAUAGUUACUAGAGCACUUCUUCAAAAAAGCUGUUGCUUUCAAAACGGAGCAAGGACUAAGGAAUGGCAAAUAUGGUGCCGCCUGCUUCACGGAACAAAAUCUCGUGACCAGAAAUUCCCGGGAAAGUGGUUUUCUAGAGCUUCGAAUGUCAUGUAUGUGAAGAGUGAAAACGUACUUCGAUACUCUUAUGAGAAGCUUGGUGGCUUUGUUCAAGCUUUCGAAGAUCUAGUGGGGAUUUCCGAUGUGCAAGAAGCUCAGACGAGCGUCAAGAAAGCAGAGAACGAAUUCAUGACAACUCGAGGUCAGGUCCAAUCAGCAAGGUCCUCACUAAGCUCUGUUCAGGAGAAGCUAAAAGAUGUGCGCCGUAAAUUGGACCGAAUUCCUCGUGAUGACGAACGUUAUCUAGCUUUAGCGACAGAGGAGCAUCGGAUUCUGGUUGAAGAGAAAAGGAUUAAGAGCGAAUAUGAACAUUUGGAAGCUUUGGAGAGAGAUCAAUUUGCGCUUCUGUCUGGAGCUGUUAGGGAUUCUCAUGAAAGAGAGAGAGCUAGAGCGGAGAGGACUAAGCACUGGUCUGUGAUUGGCUCUGUUGGUGGUGCAGCACUUGGAAUCCUAGGUUCCUCCAUAGUGAACUACAUCCGCUUGAAGCAGAUCAAAAACUCCAUUAAGGAAACAGGAAUCACAUUAAUGCAAAAGACUGAUGAGCUUACAGAUCUAGUAAAAGCACAAGAUAAUCAAAUGGGUUCACAAGCUAGUGAGCUUAAGGAAUCUUUCUCUACACAAAGUAAAUUACUGGAACAAAAGCUUGAAGAAUUGGGAAGUGUCUUGAACUUUGUUACUCUGAAUUCAGCCUCUGAUCCUCUCAAGGAGUUUGGAAUCCAUAUUCAGCCUCCUGUAUAUGCUAAGAGCUUUGCAAGUGGACAAUCUUCGGUAACUCAAAACCAAGGACCAAACCAACACCAAGGAAACAUUGCUGACAUGACAAAAAGCCUUACAUCAAGAAUUGACUCAGUCAUCGAGGUUAUGAAAAUCAAUCAGUACAAAACACAAGGAGAUUUUCAGACACUAAAGCAGUACCUGGAGAAACUUGACAGCUCUGUUCUUCAACAUGAAGAAAGAACUGCAGAGGAGUUAGAGAAAUUAGCCAUGUGCAUCAGGGACAAAUCUGAUCUCAGCAGUGGUGUUGAAGAUGCUUUAAUGCCCAAGAAAUUUGCAGAAAGUGAUCAGUGGUGGUCAAAAGCAAGCACAAUGACCUCAAUUCUUUGCACCAUUUUGACAGCUACUGUUCUUCUGCAUGAGUUUCUUAAGUAAAUAAUGAAAAGGUUAUUUAUUAGUAAGAUGUGCCUGACUUGUGUUGGUGCCAUGGUUGCCAGUGAACACAACCCCCACCUGAAGGGGUGAUAUAGGUGACAGAGGUACAGGUGGGCAAUGUAUAAGGGUGACAAAUGGUGUCUAGAAAAUAGUGGAUCGCAGAAACCUUUGGUGCAUACAUACACAAACUUUAUUUUAAUUUGCUCUUAUUUUUGGGGUAGCCAGACAGAGCUAAUAUCUUCAAGGAAAAAUAAAGGUAUCAAUGAAAAAAUAUCAAAAUCAAAAUCAUAGAGUAUGUAAUAAUAUUAAUUCAUUAAUAUAAUUCUUACCUAAUGAUAUAAUAAAAAAAUAAGUACAUGUAACUACAAAUACUGUUGAUCUCAAAAUCUUGAAAUCCCUUUUGAAGUGAGUCACAUAGUCCUUGUUUAUCUACUAAAUUUGCAAAGAUAAAUAAUAAUUAUUGAUCUUCAGUGGUGUUUUGUAUAUGUGUUUUUUUUAAAAAAGUGAUAUUGUGUGACAUCGUUAAAGUGGUCCAAUUUGAAACAAGUGUCUUGGUGCCUUAAUGAGUCUCAGACUUAAACAUUCAUUACCGCAAGCUUAUCAGCCCUAAAAAUUUAGAAAUUUCAAUGUUUUUCAGUUUUAGUCCCGAUUUUUCUCUUCGUUCUAUAUCUAGCCUCCUACGCAGGUAGGCUUUGGGCUCAUCACGCAAUCUUCCUUCCCCACAAACAUGGAAGGAAGAUUGUGUGACAAUCCCACAGAGCAUCUGUAUAACAGGCUACCCCAUAUCAUGCAGAGAAUGACUUAUUACUUGGAAGAGCUGAAAUAAUAGUUGUGGGGGUGGGGGAAGGUAUUUUGAACAGGGCAGGCAUAUAAAUUCAAAUGUUAACUCUCACUUUGAGUCCACAAUAAAUGUACAGUAGAACGUCUGAGAAUAUAGUAAAUUAAAUUUCUUGUUGAGUAUGUAUUCAGUCUCACAUCUUGAACUACGUGGCAAAAAUCUUUUGCAAGCUACCUGGAGUUUUACGAAAUUAUACUCUGGUUUCAAGAAAAACUCAAAGGUCAGGGAUACUUGUCAGGGGUGUAAAUGAUGGGGGUAGGGGUGUAAAAUCUUGGAUUUUUGUCUCAGUUGCGAUGUUUGUGACAAAACGACAGGUAUCUUUUAGGGUUGCACUAAAAAAAAAAA